GACCCGCAGCAGCGCUUACUCCUCGAAGUCGGGUUCGAGGCCUGCGCCGCCGGCGGGUUGGACAGUUUGCAGGACGCCGACGUGGGCACGUUCACGGGGCUCAUGAACUCGGACGCCAUCGCUUUAGCGCCGGAGGCGCACGACCUGAACGCGUACGUCAUGAUGGGCAACGGCUACUCGGCGGCGGGCGCGCGGCUCUCCUACGCCUUCGCGCUCCGCGGGCCCUGCUUAGUGUUGGACACGGCCUGCUCGUCGUCGUUGAUCGCGUGCCACACGGGGCGCCGGAGCCUGCAGCACGACGAGUGCGCGCUGGCGUUGGUCGCGGCGCCGAAUCUCAUGCUCCUAGCCGGCUACCAGCACCUCGGCACGGCGAUCAUGGGCAUGAACUCGGCGACGGGCCGCUGCCACACCAUGGACGACCGCGCCGACGGCUUCGUGCGCGGCGAGGGCGGCGGCGCCAUGCUGCUGUCGCACCACGACCCCUCGACCUUAGACGCGGCCGCCACCGAAACCUUCGGAUCCGCGGCGAAGCACAACGGCCGGUCCGCGUCCUUCACGGCGCUGAACGGGCUCAGCCAGCAGCGGCUCUUAAAGGCGGCGCUCCGCGACGGUUCCGCGACGGCGGAAAGCGUCGCGUUCCUCGAGCAGCACGGCACGGGCACGCCGCUCGGCGACCCC